UAUGAUUAGACUGAGAGUAUUUUUUUAUAAUCAGAUAAUGUGACUGAGUGUUAGAUAAGAUCACAUCUAUAAAUUAACUUUCUCGAUAUUAUUCAACUUCAGUUUUUUUGCGACAUCAUCAUUCUCCAGUAGUUUUCAAACAAACGAAUAACAUCAAUUUGCUUUGAUCGCGUGACAUUUAUUUUCUGAUGCUCAGUUUUUCGGGAUAAUAUAAUGAACACAAACAAUUUGUGUAUAUUUUUUUUCUGUUUUGGAUAUAAUUAGGGAUACUAAUACAGCGAGAAGAGCAAAAUGUUACUUGUAGGGUUAAUAACUGCUUUUGUCGUUGGUCUGUGUUCUGUAUAUGUGUAUUACAAGUUUGUGGUGUUCAAUUACUGGCGUAAAAAAGGUGUAUUUUAUGUCGAACCAGUUGUACCAACUGGUAAUGUUACUCCUAUCCUGACUGGAAAGCUAUCAGUAGGCGAACUAUUUCGCGAUAUGUAUUUGAAAUAUAAGGACCAUCGUGCUUUCGGAAUAUACACAUUUUUCAAACCGAAUCUUGUGAUUGCCGAUCUCGAUCUUGUCCGAAUAGUACUGACUAAAGAAUUCGGUAGUUUCCACGAUCGCGACAAGCAUUCUAACGAGAAAACGGAUCCGCUAUCCGCCCACUUGUUUUUCUUGACCGGAAAAAAAUGGAGAAAUUUGCGCGUUAAGUUGACUCCUACUUUUACUUCGGGAAAAUUGAAGCAGAUGUUCGCAGUUCUGAAAGAAUGCGGUGAAGAAUUCGUGAAAUCUUUGGAAAAACUGGCCGAGACGGAAAGAUGCAUUGACAUAAAAGAAAUGUUCGCAAGGUAUUCAACAGACGUAAUUAUGUCAGUUGCAUUUGGAAUCAAAACUAACUGCAUAGAUCAACCGGAUAACGAAGUUCGAUACUGGGGGAAAAAAGUCUUUAAAAUAAGUGCCCUUAGGCAUUCUAUUUUUAUGUUUGCGCCACAAAUUGCCAGACUAUUUUCUAUCUCUAUUUUUGAUAAGGGUGUCUCGAAUUUUUUUAUAAAUAUGUUUCGGGAUAAUGUGGAAUACAGAAAGACUCACAAUGUCGUUAGGCACGAUUUUAUGAAUCUACUUAUACAACUCAUGGAGAACGGCUAUGUUGAGCCUGACGAAGAGAAAGAUGUCACCAAAGAAAAUGAUGUGCAUCCAAGUACGAGUAAACUUUCUAUGAUAGAAGCGACUGCGCAAGCUUUCGUCUUCUUCUUAGCUGGUUUCGAAACUUCCUCGACCACGGCGACGUUCUGUUUGUACGAAAUAGCGCUAAAUCAGGACGUACAGAAUAAGCUUCGUCAAGAAAUUGACGAAGUGCUAAAAAAACACGGCGAAGUGACUUACAAUGCUGUAAACGAUAUGACCUAUCUGCAUAAAGUAGUAUCUGAAACUCUGAGAAAAUAUCCACCUGCGCCAGUACUGAGUCGCAUUUGUACCAAAGCUAUAAAUCUUCCAACAACGAACAUUCACAUACCAGAAGGAACGUCAAUUAGUAUACCGGUGCUCGGCAUACAGCGAGAUCCGGCGAUCUAUCCGGAUCCGGAUAAAUUUGAUCCCGAACGAUUUAACGAGGAGCAAAUAGCGGCUAGACAUCCAUACGCUUUCUUGCCAUUUGGGGAAGGACCCCGUGCUUGUAUCGGUUCACGGUUUGGCUAUAUGCAGACAAAAGUUGGAAUCUUAAAUAUCUUAUCGAAUUUCAAAGUUAAACUUCAUCCGCGAACUUCGGUGCCACUGAUCUUUGGCAAAACCACUACUGUACCUACUGCAAAAGGCGGUGUACAUCUUAUAAUUGAACCACGAUGAAGCAAUUGUGCUCGUUUAAAUGGAGCAGAGCAACUUUGCAACUAAUAUUAACAAUGUCGCUAUCGCAGUGCAAUACAAAAAUAGGAAAUAUUAUGUAGUAAUAAUUAUGUGGUAAGUAUGUAGUAAAUGGUAGUUAGAAAAUAUUAUGCAGUGACGCAGUGACGAGAUCGAGAUUGUAAAUAGAUAUUUGCAGAAUCAUCUUACAGGUGAUAUUUUUUAUUGUGUUUGUUGGCGUGACGAUAAUAACUUGUUUUCAACUUAUGUUGCGCCAGACUGAAUCCAAACCUAUCAAGCUGAACAGUUUGAAACAAAUACUUCAAACUUCUGUGAUUGAAAUUAAACUGCAAAUUAUACAACACGUGUAAGAUGUAUAUUAUUGGUAAUUGUUUUCUUAUAUCUUGUAGCGUACUUAAAUAUAAAUUGGCUUUACCAAAGUAAGUUUCACCAUCUAUGCGGCGGUUAUUAUUUUAUUUAAAUAAUUAUGUAUAUACUUAUUAUAUAUAUUCUUCCUUGGUAUAAUGAAAUUUGUUAUAAUAAAAAAUAUUGUUUGUAUCGCACAAAAACAAUUUUUCCUUGAAAUAAGCGACCAGUUGUCACAGGAAUAAAAAAUUGUUGUGUAAUGUUAAUAUUUGAAUUUAUAAACGAGUGAAUAAAAAAAUGAUAAUUACAAGAAG